AUGUUGGGGUUUUCAUCUUGCAAUCCUCUUCUUGUUCAGGUACUGUCUGGUGAUGCCGUAGUUCUGCAAGGUCAACCAACAAAUGGUCCUCCACCAGAGACCACUGUCUACCUUAGCAACGUCGUUGCCCCAAGACUCGGUAAACGUCCAACAGAAACUACCGCGGCUACCGUUGACGAGCCUUUCGCUUGGGAUUCGCGUGAGUUUCUUCGUAAGAAAAUUGUCGGUCAUGUGGUCACAUUCGUAAAAGAGUACACUGCUGCAUCUGGACGUGAUCAUGGCAAAAUUUACCUGGGAGGAACAAAUCCUGACAACGCGGAAAAUGUCACCGAAACUGCAGUCGCAGAAGGUUGGGUGGAGGUUAGACCUGGAAAGAUAGCGGAUGAAUAUGUCACAAAGCUGCUCGAAUUGCAAGAUCAAGCUAAGGCUGCUGGGAAGGGUAAAUGGGGUAGUUCGAGCGAUGCAAUUCGAGAGGUGAAGUGGGUCAUUGAAAAUCCGAGACAGCUGGUGGAUCAAUACAAGCAAAAACCUGUGGAUGCUGUUGUUGAGAUGGUCCGAGAUGGAUCAACAAUACGGGUCAUGCUUCUACCCAGCUUUGAAUACAUCACCUUACAAUUGUCUGGUGUGCGAGCACCAGCAACACGUGCCGGAACUGAUGGAAAAGCUGAACAGUUCGCAGAAGAAGCUAAAUACUUUGUCGAACAAAGACUUCUGCAGCAAGAUGUCAAGGUUGUACUCGAGUCGACGUCAAACCAGAAUCUCGUUGGUUCGGUUCUUCAUCCAAAAGGCAAUAUCGCCGAAUCGUUGUUGCGUGAGGGUUAUGCGAAGUGCGUUGACUGGAGUAUUGGACUGUGCACUGGUGGCGCCGAGAAGCUUCGAGCUGCUGAGAAGUUGGCCAAAGACAAAAAGCUGCGGUUGUGGCGAACUUAUCAGCCUUCUGCUGCAAGUGCUUUGACUGGGGACAAGAAGACCUUCACAGGAAAAGUCGUCGAAAUCAUUAUGUCUGACGCCAUGAUGGUUCGAAAAGCUGAUGGCUCAGAAGUCAAGAUUCACCUCGCUUCAGUGAGAUUGCCAAGGGACUCUGACGAAAAGCCGUCCGUUGGAAGGCAAUUCCGUCCGCUCUAUGAUGUUCCAUUCAUGUUCCAAGCGAGAGAGUUCCUUAGGAAGAGGUUGAUUGGUAAAACUGUCACGGUGACAGUGGAUUACAUCCAACCCAAGUCGGAACAGUUCCCUGAGAAGACGUGCUGCACUGUGAAAGUUGGUGAACUUAACAUCGCGGAGGCUUUGAUUCUAAAGGGACUGAGCAAGGUGGUGAGACAUCGAUCGGAUGACGAGAACAGAUCGUCUGAAUACGACGCUUUAUUGGCUGCAGAGGCAAAUGCUGAAAAGAGUAAGAAGGGGUUGUUUGCUGAUAAGAGUGCUGACAAAAAGGACACCCUCCGUAUCCAAGAACUUCAAGGAGAUCUGGCCAGAAGCAAGCAAUUCCUUCCGUAUCUGCAGAGGAGCACGCGAGCAGAAGGUGUUGUGGAAUUUAUUGCAAGCGGAUCGCGGCUUAGGAUCUACAUCCCCAAGGAGACGGUGGUUAUCACGUUCCUACUUGGCGGAAUAAAUUGCCCCAAGAGCGGCAGGCCCGGACCAGGAGGAGUAACAGGUCCAUCGGAACCUUUUGCUGAAGAAGCCGCUGCUUUCACUCGUCGUCUGGUACUACAACAUGAAGUCGAAAUAGAGGUUGAAGGAUUGGACAAGAUGGGAAACUUCAUCGGAUAUCUGUUCCUUACACCUGAAGGAGGCGGCAAGCCACAGAACCUCUCUGAGGUGCUGCUUGAACAGGGCCUAGCUACAUUGCAUUUCACUGCGGAAAGGAGUGCACACUACAACCAGCUGGCGGCAGCGGAACAACGUGCAAAAGCCGCUUUGAGAAAUAUCUGGCAAAACUAUAAGGAGGAAGAAGUUGUACCUGAUGAGGUGAUUACCCAACAGAACGACACGGCCGAAAGACGAGUUCAGUAUAAGAAAGUAGCUGUCACAGAUGUCUCGAAGGGUACCCUGAACUUUGCUGCACAACUCGUUGAGGACGGACCGAAACUCGAGAAGAUGACUGCGGAUUUCCGUGAAUAUCUUCGCCAGCACCCACCCAUGACUGGAGCAUUCAACCCCAGGCGCGGUGACUUGUGUGCGGCACCGUUUUCUGUUGAUGGUUUAUGGUAUCGUGCCAAAGUGGAAAGCGUUCGAUCUGGUCAGGCAGAGGUUCUUUUCGUGGAUUAUGGAAAUCGAGAAACUGUACCAGCUACUUCCUUGGCUCAGCUUCCACCAGGAUUUGCUUCUUUCCCACCAGGAGCGAAAGAAUACGGACUGGCCUUGGUGGCGAUACCAAAUGAUAAGGAGUAUGGGUUGCAGUGCGAAGAUGCACUCCAACAGUUGCUAUUCUCUGUUCCCACUGCCGAAAUCAAUAUUGAAUACAAAGUUGGCUCAACUGAAUACUGCCAGGUGAUGAUUGAGUGUGCUGGAAAGAAACUUGACGUGGGCAAAGCUCUAAUCGAAGAUGGUUACGCGUUGGUUGAAAAGAGGAAGGAAAAGAGACUUCAAUCAAUGGUGAUUUCUUUUCCUGGACGCUUACUCUUACAAUUAGUUACC